GGUACAAAUGAGACUUCACCUCUCCGCAAUUCUACGUUAUAAGAAAACCAUCUGCUUGAAUUUUAGCUCGACUUUAUUAGAACGCACGGCUUCGAAGUUACAAUUGAGUGAUUUAUUUAAAAAGCUUACAACUGAAUGAACAACGAAAAAUGUUUGUGUAACAAAGUUCGAAAGUAAACUAGAACUCUAACUGAAAACUUUACCAAUUUUUUUUGGUCAAAAAAUGGAUGAAAAUCUUGGCGAAUAUGUCAAUCCCGAAAUUGUGAACGAAGAAAUGAAAGAAAGGAAAACGAACGAGUUGAUUCAUUUAAAUCAACCUGUUAUGAAAUCUACAAAUGAGGCACCAAUGUCUAAAUAUCACGAAAGCGGCGACAAACAAGGAAGCUAUGGCGGUCCCGACUAUGAGACUUAUCCCAUAUUUGAUGAGCCGAAGGAAUUGUACGUCGAUUAUAGUCAAUAUGAUUUGUACAGUAGAGCUGGCCCUGACUAUGUCGAGACCGCUGACAGAAUUGACGAAAGGAGUUCGAAAACCCAACAAAAGGGAAAGCUGUCAUCACGUGACAAGGCAAAAAAGGCACCGAAAGAAAAAAUGCCGGAUUUGGAAAAAGAAGGAGAAGAAGAUCUCCAGAAAAAAGACGAUCAGUAUCAACCAAUCUCACCAGUAGUGUAUUCAGAUCCGUCAAACAUCGACAGCACAACUCCACCUGUUUACGUGGAGGCGGGAGAAAAAAUGGGAGAGAAUGCCGAGCAUUUGAAACCCAAGAGAGAGUCCCCAAAGAGAAAAUGGGUUCUGCUAUACAAGAUAUCAAAAAGAGCUUAUUAUACUUUGAUGAUAUCGUUUGGUGCUUUCCUGUUGUUAGCAGUCGCGCUCUUGCUUUCCUUGUCAAUUAAUUUCAUGACGGGUGACUAAUUACAAUUCGCGGAGUUCUAUCUCUAAAAACUAAAUCAAACAGUAUGUAUCCAAUAACUAAAUCAUUAAGCAUCCAACCCAUGAUUGACACUACAACCCACGAUCUCUAAAAACUAAAUCAAAAAGUAUGUAUCCAGAAACUAACUUGACAGACUGGAGUGAAUAACUAAUUUGUAAAAACAGAAUUGCAUAAAAAUGCUGAAUAAAAAUGAAGUUUCAAUA